AUCAUCUUUCCUUUUAAAAUUAGGGUUUAUUCCUUGGAAUCGAAGUCUCUAUAUAUUAGGGUUUCUUUGAGCUGAGUUGAUCCUUGCAGCGGUUUUGGGUUAAUCUUAUUGUUGGUAAGAUUGAACCCAGGCACAGUCCCAAAAAAGGUUGUGGCCCCUAACUGCUGCACUUAAAUUCAGGUGUAUUGGAUCAUUUUUUGAGUAUCCAUGAAAUUCUAUUUGAUCAGAUCUCCGAUUUUCACAAUAACAGUGAAGUGGGUUUAUGCCAGUUGACUUUGGGCUGCAGAGAGCAGCCUCACUAAUGUUUCCUUUUGCCUCUACAAGAAUAUUGUCUUAGGGAUCCCUUGAAAUAAUGAAGUUGAAGAAUUGAAUUGUUUUUUCUUGGUGAGAAGUAUCUAUCAACACAAUGCAGCUGGGAUUCCAACAGUUUCUGUUAUUUUCACUCUUUUUCUUGGUGCUAUCUGGUUGUGUCAAAGCAGAGUCAGAAACAGAAAGUUUGCCAAAAUUAAGAACUGCUCCACAUAGGAAUGUAGGAGAUAAAAUUAUAGAUGGGUCUGGAACAGAGACUGCCUUCCGGUCAGAAGAUGGUAAAAGUGUGCUGGGUGAGAGGAAAGGGGGUACCACCAGAGUUACGGUGUCCACAGUUGCAUUAUUUACUCUGGCAAUGGCUGCUGCCACAGGAUUAGGUGCAGUCCCAUUUUUCUUUGUCGAGCUUGAUCCCCAGUGGGCUGGAAUAUGCAAUGGAAUGGCUGCUGGUGUGAUGUUGGCUGCCAGCUUUGAUCUUGUACAGGAAGGGCAGGAGCAUGGUACUGGAAAUUGGGUCAUGGUUGGCAUUUUGGCAGGAGGCAUUUUCAUUUGGCUUUGCAAGAAGUUUCUUGAACAAUAUGGGGAAGUAAGUAUGUUGGACAUAAAAGGAGCAGAGGCAGCCAAAGUUGUUCUUGUCAUCGGAAUAAUGACUCUUCAUUCCUUUGGGGAGGGUGCUGGUGUUGGAGUUUCCUUUGCUGGCUCAAAGGGUUUCUCACAAGGCAUUUUGGUAACUUUGGCUAUAGCUGUGCAUAACAUACCAGAGGGAUUGGCUGUGAGCAUGGUGCUUGCAUCAAGGGGAGUUUCACCGCAGAAUGCAAUGUUAUGGAGUGUAAUUACAUCAUUGCCUCAGGUAGUAUUUUAUGCUUGGUAAUUAAUUGGGUUUUGACUGUAUCUCAUGCUGUG